AUGGAUUUGAAAGUCGCCGGUGAAAAGCAUUUACUGCAGCUAAAUGAGUUAGAUGAAUUUAAGAUAGAAGCAUAUGAAAACUCAAAGCUUUAUAAAGAACACACCAAAAAGUGGCAUGACUUACUCUUUCAGAUACGAGAGUUUGAAGUGGGACAGAAAGUUUUAUUGUAUAACUUGAGACUCAAGCUCUUCUCGGGAAAACUAAGGUCAAGGUGGUCGCGCACUUACACUGUCACAAAGGUUUUGCCAUAUAAAGCCAUAGAAGUCAACCAUGAAACAAAGGGUACCUUCACUCUUAAUGGGCAAAGGCUGAAACACUACUGGGACGGAAGGCCAAGCAAAUUCACCAAUGGAAAACCAAAAUUUUGGGAAAAUGUGAGACCUGAUUGGUGGUCUAUGUGGUCGCAUAGAUCAACCAACUAUGCGGCCACAACAACAUAG